AUGGAACUUCAAGUAAACCUGGAGGUGAUGCGUCGUCGUUCGUUCCUUAUUGCGUUCCUGUUCUGCAUCGUCCUUGUUGCACAUUUGGAUGCCAUCGGUGUCCACAACUGGGCAUCGAUAUUUAACAACCAGCCGUCGAAGAAUUGGGUUAUCCUUUUGGCUGGCUCCGACUCCUGGGAAAAUUAUCGACAUCAAGCGANGAACGUUUACCACGCGUAUCAAGUCGUGCGUGCAAACAAAGUUCCACAGGAGAAUAUAAUUACCUUCGCCGUCGAUGAUAUUGCAGCCAAUCCCAAAAAUCCGUUCCGCGGCAGAGUGUUCCAUGACUACGAGCACCAAGACGUAUACAGCGGUGUCGUAAUUGAUUACCGUGGAAAGGAUGUCAAUCCGAAAAUGUUCGACAAAGUAAUGAAGGGCGAUAAGCAACUUGAGAGACAAGGGAAGAAGGUGCUGAAAAGUGGUCGGGAUGACAACCUGUUCAUCUAUUACACUGGCCAUGGUGCGGUUCAGGAGAUUUCCUUUCCAAGUGGAGAUCUCGAUGCCGAAGAUUUCAACUAUCUUCUCAUGCACCUGUAUUCAAACUAUAAGUACAAGAGAAUGGUGAUUUACAUGGACGCCUGCUACUCUGGCUCUAUCUUCCAAGAUAUUCUUCCUUCAGAUGUGGGAAUCUACGUGACAACGUCAGCCAGAGGCAAUGAAGUUAGCUGUGCUGUUUUUUGUGAUGACAAACAAAUCAACGUUUGUCUAGCGACCGAAUACUCGUAUGCCUGGAUUACGGAUUCCCAGUCCAAGGACAUUAAAACGCGUACACUGGAUCAACAGUACGAGGAGGUGAAAGAAAGGACAAAAAAAAGUCACGUGACCAGAUACGGUGAGAUGGGGGUGGGAAGUCUCCCAAUUGGAAAAUUUCAAGGUCAUUAUGAUCUAAUGAGGAACCGAAAUGACGGGACAAUUGCACUUGGCCAUAUCGUCAAGGAAACAUUUCACGACCUCGUCAUGGAUGUGACGACCCACUAUAAGCCAACGGUAAACGAGAUAUCCAAGAGGGAUGAAAUCUCCUGUUUCAGGGCAGUAUUCGAUCAAUUCCGGAUUCACUGCUCCAAAAUUACACAGGUCCUCGAGGUAGCUCAGCAAACAACACAUUUAAUGGAGCUGUGCAAAGCCGGGUACGAUGCAGAAACUCUCAUGGAGUCUCUCCACAAUCUCUGUUCCUAACAAGCACGUAUUCUGUUGUGUGAUUUCACCGGAAUAAAAUGAACUGCAA